AUGAGUCUGCUGAGGCCUAGCGGGCUGAAGGCCCCCACCAAGUUCCUCAAGCAUGGGAGCUGGGCCCUGAAGACACCCUCGGCCGCGGCUGCUCCCGUUGAGAAGACCGUGCCUGGGGAGAAAAACCCCAGCGCCCCCUCCUCGGAGAUGCAGGAGGAGUUUGUGGGCGACUUCCAGGUCGGGGAACGAGUCUGGGUGAACGGGAACAAGCCUGGAUUCAUCCAGUUCCUCGGGGAGACCCAGUUUGCCCCUGGUCAGUGGGCCGGGAUCGUCUUGGACGAGCCCAUCGGCAAGAACGACGGCUCGGUGGCGGGUGUGCGCUACUUCCAGUGCGAGCCGCUGAAGGGCAUCUUCACCCGGCCGUCCAAGCUGAGUAGGAGCUUUCAGGCCGACGAUGAGACCAACUGCCGGCAGCCAGCGCCUGCCGCCUGGGCCACACCGCCCCUGUCGGCCUCCCCGGCCCUUGCCGGCACCGUGAAGGUGCCCCAGUCCCCCGCGAAGGAGGCACCGGCCACCCCUCACAUCAGCAGCCUGACCAGGACGGCCAGCGAGUCCAUCUCCAACCUCUCUGAGGCCGGCUCCCUCAAGAAAGGGGAGCGGGAGCUGAAGCUCGAGGACCAGGUGGUGGUGGGAGGCAUGGAGGCCAGUGUGGUGCGCUUCCUCGGGGAGACGGACUUCGCCAAGGGGGAUUGGUGCGGCGUAGAGCUGGACAAGCCACUGGGCAAGAACGAUGGUGCCGUGGCCGGAACGAGGUACUUCCAGUGUCAGCCCAAGUAUGGCUUGUUUGCUCCCAUUCACAAAGUCACCAAGAUCGGCUUCCCGUCCACGACGCCGGCCAAGGGCAAGGUGGCCGCCGUGAGGCGUGUGAUGGCCACCACCCCCGCCAGCCUGAAGCGCAGCCCUUCGGCCUCCUCGUUCAGCUCUGUCAGCUCCGGGGCCUCAUUCGAGAGCAGCAGAUCCGGCCGCACGGGACUACACGUCCUGGAGCUGGAGGCCAAGAACGACGAGCUGCGGGCCAUGCUGGAAGCGACCGACUGGGAGAAGGUGGAGCUGCUGAACCAGCUGGAGGAGGAGAAGAGGAAAGUGGAAGACCUCCAGUUCCGAGUCGAGGAGGAGUCCAUCACCAAAGGCGAC